AUGACUUCUCAACAUAAAGAACUUACUGAAUUUCAACAUAGUGAAAUAAUGGUACUUGGAAAUCUUCCCAUAGUGUCACUUUUUCACACUGUUACUUCCAGUAGUCUUUUAAGUACUCUUUGCGGAACCUAA